AUGAAGAAUCUCCUCUUUGCCGUGCUCUUGGCUUGCGGGCUGCUGCUGGCUCGCGGCAGCGUUUUGGAGCUGGAGCAGAUGAUCAAGUCGGCCACGGGGAAAAGCGCCCUGCUCUCCUACAGCUGGUACGGGUGUUUCUGCGGCAUCGGGGGCAGAGGCACCCCAGUAGACUCCACUGACUGGUGCUGCCAUGCCCACGACUGCUGCUACAGGAAGCUGAGAGAGGGCAAGUGCAGACCCCUGAUAACCCCAUACCACUUCGACGUUGCCGAUGGAGACAUCAUCUGCAGUAAUGAGCAGAGCUGGUGCAACAGAGAGACCUGCCUAUGUGACAAGGCAGUGGCUUCGUGCUUUGCGAGCAAUUUGCAUUCCUACAAUAAAUCCUACCACUUCUCUUUCAACCUGAAAUGCCAAGGAAGUAAUCUCCAGUGCUGA